UGAAGAUGAAUGAAAAUAUGGAAGCCAUGUUGGAAAAGAAAGCUGCUAUGGCUAGGAAGAAGAUCAAUGCAUUGAUGCAAAAUAUGGAAACAAUGGAAGAAAGGAAAUUCAACCCUUUCCCUCACUUUACUUUGCAUAAUCUGUUAUCUUAUUAUGCACCUCAGCUUUAUACCGAAAAAGAUUUAGCACAAAUAGAGAAAAUCAAUCAACAUCUUCGCCAAGAAACAAAAUUGCCUCUUAAUAUUCCACAAAGCACAAUGAAAGGAGAAGCAGUGAAUAAGAAGAAAAGGUGUCGCUCAAGUGAUGAAGGUAGCAUGGCUGAUAAGGCGAAAAGAAGAGUGAAACCAAAGAGCACGAAGAAGAUGGUACCAAAAAAACAAGAUAAGGAAAAAUUGUCAUCACCUCCGCCAAUAUUGCCUAUUGAUGUCGAGAUCAAGAUCAAAGAGUUGAAUGGCACUGAUAUCAAACAUAUCAUGUGUAAGGAAUUGUUUGAUUCAGAUCUCAGUAAACACCAAAGUCGUCUUUUAAUGUCACUUAAAGAAGAUAUAGCUGAUGAUUUUCUCAACGACACAGAGAAGAAGACUUUUGGUAGAAAGGAUCGGGGCACUAAAAGUAAACUGGUUGGUAUAGAAGUGAUUGUGUUGGACCCUUCUUUUAGAGAGUUCACAAUGUCUUUGAGGAAGUGGGGCAAAAGUCUUUACAGUCUUGUACAAGAUUGGAAACAUGUUAUGAGGCAAAAUAGUUUUGAAAUUGGUCAAAAACUCAACAUUUGGACAUUUAGGGUCAAUAGCAAGUUGCACUUUCUACUCGACAAAAAUUAG